UUCUCGAUGGAAGAACAUGUUGAAAUUAGCGGUGGAGGACUUAAUGGCACGUAUUCCACAAUACAGCUACACUUUCACUGGGGCGACACAGACCAUCAUCCUGGUUCCGAGCACAUGAUUGAUGGGCACAGAUAUCCAAUGGAGAUGCACAUUGUCAGUCUUAAGAAGGGACUUUCUUUGGAGGAAGCCAAGAAGGAUUCAGAGGGAAUUGCAGUUCUUGGGUUUUUCAUAAAUGAAGCAGAAGACGGAGAAAUAUCUGGAGCUUGGAAUAACCUGGCAUCACAUUUGACUAACAAAACUGAUGCUGAGGUCUCAUUACACCAUAACAUAUCCAUUAAUGACCUGAUUGGAAAUGUUGACCUUAAUAAAUUCUAUCGAUACCUGGGCUCUCUUACCACACCAACAUGCGAUGAAGCUGUUAUAUGGACUGUAUUUCAUGAGCCCAUCAGCAUCAGCAAAAAUCUGAUUCAACAAUUUCCUGCAAAAUCAGGACUUACCAAUGUUUUUCGGCCAACUCAGAAUCUCCACCAACGUCAAGUGUCUGCCUCCUUUGCAACUCCCAACCCCCCCAGUCCCCAUUGGUGCUAUGAUGAUCAUUGUGACUACAAUCCAUCAAAAUGGAAACUUUUGGACUCCUCCUAUUGUGAAGGUGACCACCAGUCACCCAUUAACAUUGACACACACAACAUUGUGAUGGAUGAACACCUUGAUGCCUUCAUCUAUAAACAUUUUGAUGACAAACACUCAAUCGAGUACAUCACUAACACCGGACAUGCAGUUAAAUGUGUGCUGAAGGAGAACGUAGUAGAGUUGUCAGGUGGAGGUUUGGGUCAUGUCUACACCACACUUCAAUUCCACUUUCAUUGGGGUUCAACAUCAGAGAAUUCAAUGGGCUCAGAACACAUGGUGGAUUCUAAACAGUUCCCAAUGGAGAUGCAUAUAGUGAGCAAGAGAAAGGACCUAACUUUAGAUGAGGCACUCAAGACUUCUAAUGGCAUUGCAGUUCUUGGAUUCUUCAUUGAGGCAACUGAUACAACCAAAAGUGGGAGCAGUAGUUCAGAUUCUGGCCAUCAUGAGGAAACAAAUCCCACAUCUGAUAUGGAAAGCUGGAAGAAACUAACCAAUUAUCUCGCAGCCAUAAGCACAACUGGAUCAAAGGCUGAUGUGACUGAAGAAAUUUCCAUUGAUGACCUGCUUGGUUCUGUGGACAGAGCUAUCUACUAUCGUUACAACGGUUCUUUAACAACGCCUGUAUGUAACGAAGCAGUGGUUUGGACAGUUUUUAAAGAGUCCAUCAAAAUAGACCAAAACCUGAUGAAACUCUUCCCAACUAGGGCAGGUUAUGAAAACGUGUUUCGGCCAUCACAGUCUGUCAAUGGCAGGAAAGUCUACAUCUCUGCAUCAGCAGCUGCUGGCCCUGGAAUCACCACACUGUUUCUGUUGCUGCCAUGUCUUUACAUUGCAUCAUUAAAUCAUUACCUUUGAAAGUUAUUUUGACCUUCCACAGAAAAUGAAUUAUUAUUAUUACAUAAGUAUCUUUUUUUGUACAUCAUUUAGAUUUUCUUAAUAUAAACAGAAAAAUACAUUGAUGUUUGUGUGACUAUUUG